AAUCAGUUGGUGUGUGAGUAAAGUUUCGCUGUUUCGGUUAGAGAGAUCUAAGAUCCAAACGACUUUACAAAUGGAUAAAGACUUAUUUCGUAAGCUUGCUUCGAAGAUCGGGAUAACAGCUGUUAAAGUAUUGAGUCAAGCAGAGGAAUACAUGCGAUUAUCUCAAGUGAAGUGUGUUGGACUGGGUUCUGUGACAGCCACCAGCAAGGCCAUUAUCUGCCUCGAGUUGGCAGCGACUUCAAUGAAGUUUCCUCUAGACAAGGAGUAUGCCAUCAAACUAUCCGGACUGAGUCCUAAGGUGUACUCCAGUAAUCUGAAGUCUAUGGAGUGCAUGCUGGGCCUUCAGUCAAACCUGGGUCUCCGAGAUCUUGCAGUGCAGUAUGGCUGUUUGGAAGCAGUUAAAGUGGCCUCUCAGAUCCUUCAGCGGUAUGAGACCAGUUUGCCCGCUGCUCAGCAACAAGACCUUGACCUGUCUAAGCCUCUCUUUACCACAGCAGCUCUGUAUGCAGCAUGCAAGUGCAUGAAAAUCAGAGCUGACAGGAAAUUGGCUUCUUCAUCUGGAGCAAAGAAGGGGAUCUUUGACCGGCUGUGCACACAGUUUCAGAAAUUCGGACAGGAGAUCUGCAAUGGACCUACAUCUAUGGAGAAACCAGUCAAAACUGCUCAAAAGAGGCAGAAGACUCUCACUGAAAUACUAGAAACGGAAGAAGAUGAUGGAAAGAUUUCAACAUCCCCUAAACAAGAGCGAGUUGAGAAGACUGAGGAAGAAGAGACAAAAAAUUAUGAAGAGUGGAAAAGAAAAAUCCUUGAAAAUGCAUUAAAAGCAAAGCCACUAGAUUCUUGAACUCUGUAAGGUUCUAUGUUUCCAUUUUAUUUAAUAAUGGUUCUGCAUAAUGUCAACGGGACCUUUGAGCUGGAUUUAAUACUCUAUUACGAAGAGUAGUUGUCUGCCUUCUUCUGGUUUCAUAGUUUCAUUCAAAUUUGGACAUUUCCAGAGGAAUUUAGGCAGUUUUUAUUAUCCUUUUGAUUUAUUGCCAUUUCACUGUGCAAGGAUGGUUACUUUUUAUAUGACCGCUUUAAUAUUGUGCCUGUGUUUAAUAAAGGUUUGCUAAGUGUUAAGUUCCUUACUUAGAUAAUGCAUUUUUAGAUUGUAGUAUUUUACCUUCAUUUAGUUGGCGUGUUAAUGUUUGUUUGAUCCAAUAUGAUUUGGCUGAUUAUGUCUUGUGACAAUAUGAUUUUAUUUCUCGCAGUGUUCUGUGGUAUUGCUUUGAAUCACCUUUGAAAAAUCUCAUAGGUGGUGUAUGUUAGUAUUUAAGAUCUUCUGGGUGUUAUCCGUUUGUUUCAAAAAGGAUUGGCUCAUCUGCUUCCAGUUUCAGUUUGAUUUUAAUAUGAAUAAAAUGUAUAUUCUUGACACAAUUAAUUUUUCUCAGUUUCUCUGGGAUUUUCAUUUCUUGAAUAAACACUAAUUCUCUUUGG